AUGACGGCCGCAACUCUAGACGCCCUAGACGCCGACGAUUACGACCCAAUAACACAUCUCAACGUCAUUUUCUCGCACCCAAGCACCCUCGCCUCCGUCUCCCACACCCAGACCCUUCUUACUACCUACCAAGAUGACCUCGACGAUGAGAUCGACCUCUUGGAGGAAGAGCAAGCCCGCUCCCACGCGGAUUGCCUCGCGCGCAUGCAGUCCUCCAAGUCCGAGCUGGCUGAGCUCUUCACGCGCAUCGAAUCCGUGCGCGAGCGCGCCCUACAGACGGAGAAGAACAUAACGGCCAUGACGGCGGACAUCAAGGCGCUGGACAACACCAAGAAGAACCUGACGCUGUCAAUGACGGCGCUCAAGCGCCUGCAAAUGCUCACGACGGCGUACGAGCAGCUGCGCUCGCUGGUCAAGACGCGCCAGUACCGCGAGUGCGCGCAGCUGCUGCAGGCCGUCAUGCAGCUGAUGCAGCACUUCAAGUCGUACCGCUCUAUCGACCAGAUCGCCUCGCUGUCGAGGAAUGUGGCGGACUUGCAGCGCGAGGUGCUGGAGCAGGUGUGUGAGGAUUUCGAGCUGACGUUCAGCAAGCAUGAGGUGCCGCAGAAGAGAGGGAUGCUGCAUGAGGCGUGCUUGGUCGUGGAUGCAUUGGGGGAUGCGGCGCGCUCGAGGCUCGUGACCUGGUAUACCAACACGGAGUUGCGGCAGUAUCGGCAGAUCUUCAAGGGCGAGCAAGAGGCUGGCAGCUUGGAUAACAUUGACAGAAGGUACAAGUGGUUCAAGAAGACGCUGAAGGGGUACGACGAGGAACAUGCUGCUAUUUUCCCGGCGCAUUGGCAUGUGGGUGAGCACCUAGCCAAUGUGUUUGCCGAGGGCACGAGGGAGGACUAUAAAGGCAUCCUAGGUCGGUCGACGAGGGCCGGUCAGACAUUGGACGUCAGGCUGCUGCUGAGCUGUUUGCAGCAGACUCUGGAGUUCGAGCAGGGACUGGAGCGGAGAUUCAGCGGCGGAAGCCGGGCAAGCAUCGACACGACAGUCAGCGAGCGGGAAGCGCAGGUCUUCGGGCAGCCCAUUUCAACCGCCUUUGAGCCGUACCUCAGCCUAUGGGUUGACGCGCAGGAUAAAGAUCUUGCCGCGCUCGUUCCACAAUACAGAUCACGCCCACCCAAACCUCCCGACGAAGAGUUCAGCAGCCAGACGGUCAUCAGCUCGGCCUCUGAGCUGUUCAACUUCUACCGUCUCUCGCUCGCGCAAUGCGCCAAACUCUCCACGGGACAGGCGCUGCUGGAUCUGUCCCGCGUCUUUGGCAAAUAUCUCGACAUGUACGCGCAACAGGUCCUGCUGGCCUACUUGACGGAGAAACCCAGCACCGGCACGCCAUCUCGCCGGCCCAGUCUGGAAGAUACCAUCUUGGUGCUCAACACGGCCGACUACUGUUACAGCACGACGACGUCGCUCUCCGAAAAGAUCGCAUCGCGCAUCGACGAAGCGCUCAGGCCCUCUGUGGACCUAACGCCACAAGCCGACGCCUUCAUGGGCCUGGCCUCCGCCUCGAUCCGCUCCCUCAUCACCCACCUCUCCAGCGCACUCAGCCCCCACUUCAGCACCAUGCGCUCCACGCCGUACUCGCGCAUCGAAACCGCCUCCGACACCUCCCCCUUCAUGCCCGCCCUCACACACACCCUCACGACAACCGCCCACCAAAUCCUCGACUACCUCCAGCCCCUAAAACCGCACUACACGCGCGCCUUCACCGACGCGCUUCCUAGCUCUAUCGCCGACAUCUACCUCUCCUCCCUCCCCUCCUGCCGGCCCAUCUCCGAAGGCGGCGCCGAACAAAUGCUCCUCGACCUCCACGCCCUCCGCACCACUUUGAGUCCUUUACUCUCCGACCCCCCACCCCCCUCGUACGCCAAACGCCUCAGCACCGCCUUCUCCCGCAUCGAACCCCUCCUCAAAACCCUGCAGGUCCGCCCUUCGCCGCCCGAAGCCCUCGUGCAGGCCUACCUCGUCCACAUCGCCGACCUGAGCGAAGCCAAUUUCCGCAAGGUCCUGGAAUUGAAGGGGAUAGGGGGCGGCGGCGGCACGGUUGGGGCACGUCGGAGUCAUCAGGAGACGGUGCAGCUCGUCGAGCUCUUCAACAUGCAUAAACUGAGUCCGCGCUACAAGGACGCGCUCGUGGAGCGCAGCGCGCUGCUCACGCCGCUGAACUUGAAUGCUUCUGCUACGGCUUCCUUUGGUGGUGGUGGUGGUAUUGGUGGUGGUAGCACUGGCGCGGCAGCGAACGUGGGAAACGCCGCGCUCGGCAACCUCACGGCCCUGGGCAGCAGCGCGGCGCAGAGCCUCAGUGGUGCGCAUUUACCGGGGAGUGUUAAUAUGAAGAUGAACAUGAAUUUUGACGCGUCUGGCCUGGCGAGUGGGUUGAUGGAUCGCUUUGGUGGUGGUGGUGGUGGCGGUGGCGGUGGAAGUGGUGGUGGUCUGUCGCCGGGCUUGGGAGGCACGCCGGGCGCGGCGAGCCCGUCGGCGCAUGGUUAUGGCGGGGGAGGCACGAAUGGGAAUGCAGGUGCAGGUGCAGGUGGCGGUGGCGUUGGAGGUGUGAAUCCAAUGGAGGCGGCGGGCCUAGGCGUUGGUGUGAAUAUCAAUCAUAUGGCUCAAGGACAGGUCCCGGGAGCGGCGGCACAGGGCCAAGGAGGAGAAGGCAAGUUGAACGAGAAUCUCAAGAAUAUCGGCAAGUUCUUCAAGCGCGAUUUGGGCGCGUUGGGCUUGCCGGGUGGGUUGGGGGGGUUGGGGGGCAGGUUUGGAAGUGUGAGUCCCGCACCGCCGGCGGCGGGGGAGGAGGGGAGGCGGUGA